AUACCUUCGCCGUAUUAUCUGUUAUUUAUAGCUUAUUGUUAGCUAGUUAUUUUUGAGAUGGGGCACGAGACACUGGUUUAAAUUGUAUUUUAUUCAUGGUACAUGCUUGAUUGUUUUAUAUCAUAUGAUUUAAUCAUGUCAAAUUUAAGUAAAUUCCUCUGUCAAUUUUUUUUUCAUUAUUAAUCUACAAUCUAUUUUAUAUUCGCAUAUUUUUACUGCGCUUAUGUAUACGUAUUCUAUCACCAUUAGUUUUCAGAAUUUUCAUUGCUAACCUUUGCACAUUUCUUGCCAUUUUUGGAAGAUAACGGAUUUUGACAGAGUGAGGGGGUUUCCAAGCAAGAGAUUGACCACUUUUAGCAAAUUGCAAAAUGACUCUGGGUGGCCCAGAAGUAGGUAUACAGUUAUUAAACUGUUUUAUUCACUUUGAAGCUACUUGCAGUUCACUUUAUGUUACUUGUUAAUUACCACAAAAAAUGCCUAUUUUUUUAGAUAGUAAAUCUAGUGUGAAUUUUACAUUAGUUUUCUAGCUGCUUGGAAGGUAAAAGAAAAUAAAUGAAAUAACUGUAUACCUACGUUUGGGCCACCCUUUAUAACGCUUUUGACAACAAACCUCUGAUUACUUGGGUCCUCCACCAUCAAGUCCAUGUAUCUGAAAGACAAAAAUCCACCCAGCUAAUCCGGUACCCGACAUGAGCUGGUAACCCUGCAUUACUUUUCCUGGGAUAAAUAAUGUAAAUCCUAUAUUAUACCUCUAAGUUACGAAAACUCUUAUAUGUCCAUGUUCUCAUGUUGCAUGAUAAUUCAUUAUCAGGUGUAAAAGCUAUGGCACAUAGGUGUAAAAAUAUUACUUGAAUCUAGAUUAAAAUGCACACGAGACCACAUAUUUUGGAUACAUAUGCUCGAGUAAUGGCUAUGCAAGGAGUUACGAUGACAAUGAACCCUCACGCCCGAGGACAAAAAGUGGAGCGCAGACGUUACAAAAGAACGUUAUAUUGGUUUGGAUUUAUCGAGAUUAUACUUGGGAUUGCAUCCUGCAGUGUUUGUAUUGUCGGCCUCGUUAUUGCUUCAGUACAUUGGAAGAACAGCAUGAUAUCAACAUCUUCGGGUUUAUGGUGCGGAAUAUUUCUUAUAUUUUCUGGAAUCGCUGGAGUUCGUGUCAACCGUCAAUCAUCCGCUUGUAUCAUCAGAAUUAACAUGGCCCUGAGUAUUAUGUCCUGUAUAUUUAUGUGUGUGAUGUUUAUUAUGUCCAUACUAGCAGCGUUCCCCAAUGUAUCUACACUUUUAGCUGUGUAUGUGUUUUUAAGUAUCAUAGCGUCAGCUGGUUUUAUUAUUAAUAUUGUUCACGCUGCUUUCUGCUGUGCUGCGAUAUGUUGCAUUCCAAAACGCAAUCACGGACAGGUUUUUUAUUCUUCUGGACGACCACAACUUGUGGAACUUGGCAAUGGGCAAUAUAUAUUAAUACAAGGGGAAUCCCUUGUGCCACCUGGGUACCCAGGCCCUCCUUCAGGGGGUAAUAACAGUGAACCAAUCAUGCCUGCGUUGUUACACCCACCCCCAUCUUCUCCCCAAAGUGAAGAGGAUCCGAACAAGCGUAUUUCCACCCCGCCUCCCCCGUACACGUCAAGAGAAGAUUUAUCAGCUGGUCCAUCGAAUAGACGAUAAAUGAAAUUUGAUGUGCAAUGGUGUUGUAUGUUAUCCUCAUCUCGCAUAAGGGUUGGAAAAACACCCUCCUCGGGCGAGUUUGCUUCUGGUGGCGGAUUGCUGAACAAAUUUACUAUCAACAAACAUCUUAUGUCAUUGUAAAUUACUCACAGAGUCACAUAUUACACCUUAGAGCAGGGGUCGGGAACCUUUUUGGUCAAGAGACCCAUAAAAUAUACAUAUUCUCAAUUGCAUUUCCGUGCGAGCCAUAUAACAUUUCUUCAAUUAAUCAGACCUGAAAUGUUUACUCGAAA